GCCGCAGGUGUGAGGGGCGGGCCCAGGCCUCGGUCGGCGCCGUCCCAUGUGACCCGGCCCGACAUGGUGUCGCCUCCUCCCGAGGCGCCAGCAGCGGCGGCGGCUUGGAAUUGUUUCCCGGUUGGGCCGGCCCCGCGGCCCCUCAUGGGCAGCCGGGGCCGCUCGGGGCCGCCUGGGAACGGUGGGCUGGGCGAGGGCGAGGGUGGAGAGGCGAAGAAACCGCAAGAAGAAAGAGUCGUAAAGGGGAAGCAUAGGAAAGGGAAAGGAAAAGCGAGCUCAGGGCGAGGCGGAAGAGGAAGCGGAGCGGAAGGGAAGUCGGGGCCGCCGAAGACGAAGAAGGCAGCGGGGCUGGGGGCUGAAGCGGGAGCGAGGGCAAGGCUGGGGGACGAAGGAGAGUUAGGUGAAAGUGAGGAGGAAGGCGCUAGAAAGAUCGAGAAGGGAGAUGAGAGCACAGGGUUGGGGAAGGAAACAAAAGGAAGAGAAGAUGGGAAAGCAGAGGACAAGAGAGUCAGGACUGGGUGGCGGGAAGACGAAAUGUCGGGGACAGCAGAGGCACCAGGGGGUCACGCGUGCGGUGGCAAUGCCAGGAAAGAGGUGACCAUGGCGGCGGCAGCCGAGGAGGAGGCGGUGGCUCCGGAGUCACCCUCCAGUCCCGCCUCGGAGCCCGCGCUCUGGCGCCUGCCGGAGGAGCUGCUGCUGCUCGUCUGCUCCUACCUGGACAUGCGGGCCCUUGGCCGCUUGGCCCAGGUAUGCCGCUGGCUGCGGCGCUUCACCAGCUGCGACCUGCUCUGGCGCCGGAUAGCCCGGGCCUCGCUCAACUCCGGCUUCACGCGGCUCGGCACCGACCUGAUGGCCAGUGUUCCAGUGAAGGAACGGGUGAAGGUGUCUCAGAACUGGAGGUUGGGGCACUGCCGAGAAGGGAUUCUGCUAAAGUGGAGAUGCAGUCAGAUGCCCUGGAUGCAGCUAGAGGGGGAUUCUCUGUACAUAUCCCAGGCUAAUUUCAUCCUGGCUUACCAGUUCAGACCAGAUGGUGCCAGCUUGAACCGCCGGCCCCUUGGAGUCUUUGCUGGGCAUGAUGACGAUGUUUGCCACUUCGUGUUGGCCAACUCACAUAUUAUCAGUGCAGGGGGAGAUGGGAAGAUUGGUGUUCAUAAGAUUCACAGCACCUUCACUGUCAAGUACUCAGCUCAUGAACAGGAGGUGAAUUGUGUUGAUUGCAAAGGAGGCAUCAUUGUGAGUGGCUCCAGGGACAGGACGGCCAAGGUAUGGCCUUUGGCUUCAGGCCGGUUGGGGCAGUGCUUACACACCAUCCAGACUGAAGACCGAGUCUGGUCCAUUGCUAUCAGCCCAUUGCUCAGCUCUUUUGUGACAGGGACAGCUUGCUGUGGGCACUUCUCACCCCUAAGAAUCUGGGACCUCAACAGUGGGCAGCUUUUGACACAUCUGGGCAGUGAUUUUCCUCCAGGGGCUGGGGUGCUGGACGUCAUGUACGAGAGCCCUACCACACUCCUGUCCUGUGGCUAUGACACCUAUGUUCGCUAUUGGGACCUCCGCACCAGUGUCCGGAAGUGUGUCAUGGAAUGGGAGGAGCCCCACGACAGCACCCUGUACUGCUUGCAGACAGAUGGGAACCACCUGCUGGCUACAGGCUCCUCCUACUACGGCGUUGUGCGGCUAUGGGACCGGCGCCAAAGGGGCUGUCUGCAUGCCUUCCCGCUGACAUCAACCCCACUUAGCAGCCCUGUGUACUGCCUGCGGUUCACCACCAACCAUCUCUAUGCUGCACUCUCUUACAACCUCCAUGUCCUGGAUUUUCAAAACCCAUGACAAGUCAGGGCCACCUCGACCUGUGGGCUAAGCAAGCCAGCUACUCAGGGACCCCUCCUGCAUGGAGAGGACAGUGACUACCGCCAACCCCCGCCCCACUUGCCUGUGCUCCAUCUGUGACCACAGUG